GUUCAUUAAACACAGCCAGCUUUCACUCCAUAAACGCAGUGUAAAAUUGCACCUAUGCGUACGUCAUGAACUGAGACGAACAAUAAUCUUUAAAAUGGGGCUGUAUGGAGUUUUUCUGGCAUUAUUCUAUGUUUCUCUGUCGUCCGCGGUGAGAAUUUUGACAUCCCCUCCACUAAACUGCUCUCAACAGGGUUUGAGAUGCACAGUCAGUUUAAGUAAAUGCUUCGAUAAAGAAUGGCUCAAAGUGAAAGAGUACACUCCCAGCAGUCCAGAGGAUCUGAAGGUGUCCAUGACAACCAUAGAUGACGAGGCAGGACAGCUGCAACCUGUACUCGCUGUCAACUGGACCAUAAAGGAUGAUGGCAGUAUCCGCUACCUGAUUGCCACUGAGCUACAGCUUAUAGUCUUUUCCACAAAUGAGCACCUGUGUGUCCGAUAUUCCUUUAAAGACAGACUCCCAAUGAGGAAUCCAUAUGGCAACAAGUGGUCAUUUUCAGCAAACAUGCUGGUAUUGGACCCAGGACACAUGUAUCUGGUUUCUGUCUUCAACAUCCCCAAACCAGAAAUGGGGCACAGCCACUAUGACGUCCACGCUCAGGUAGAAGUUCCUGAUUGUCAAGACUCUGUGAUGAAGAUAACCCAGUUUUGCAUAGAGAGAGGAAGUCUUUGGCAGUCGAACAUCAGUGUGGUAGCAAAAAGACCUGCACUGACAGUCAGCUUCUGUCCUGAUCCACUGUGUGAAGAGUACACUGUUAUUGUUAACUGUGCCUCCAUCCAAAACGUUGACCAUGUGUUCAAGGCCAACCAGACAAACCUGAAUGUUACGUUCAGCCUUGAUAAAUGGCCCAAAUCCUGCUGCCAGUUUGACGUUGGGAUUAAACCCAUGUUCCAACAAUGUGGCCAAGACUGUGCCCGUCACCAGAAAACACUGCACAUUUGUCCAGCUGAGCCAACUGAUGCCCCAGAUGCUCCUCAGUACAUGCCUGUUAUCGUGUGUGUGGUGCUCCUAUGUGCUGGGAUAUUAUCUGUUUAUAUUUGCAUCCUCUACAGGAAGCCAGGCACACCAGGUGUUGCUGUGGGAGAUGAAAAACCAAAACAGCUGCCGAAACCGCUCCAACAAACCCCAAAAGUUCUGGUGAUCUACUCCCAAGACCACCGUCUCUACAGGGACAUAGUGUUAAAGCUCUGCGCUUUCCUCCAGGCCAAGUGUGGCGCCAAGGUGCUGAUAGACCUGCUUGACGCUAACUCUUUGGGCAUGGUGGGACGCCUCCCCUGGCUGGAAUGGCAACGGCGGCAGUUGAAGAACCCCACAGACAAGAUCUUAGUGCUCUGUUCACCGGGUGUUCAGGCAAAGUGGAGGGCCAUGUGUGGUCACAGCCGUGUCACACUCAAGGAGGACCUCCUCUCCCCAACGAACGACAUGCUCACGCCCAGUCUCAACCUCUUCCUGCAAGACAUACACCAAGCGCGCAUGCACGGGAAGUACAUGGUGGCUUACUUCAGUGACAUCAGCGGCGAGCAGGAUGUACCAUCAGUCUUCGACAUUGCUGUGAAGUACAAACUAAUGAGACACUUUGAAGAGCUCUUCUUUGGCAUCCUGGACAUGGAGAAGUACCAACCGGGUCUGGUCAACCGCAUCGAGGGCAUCAGUGGGGACGAAUACUUCAACUGUCCAUCUGGCCUGGCCCUGAAGAACGCUAUUGAAACCUUCCAGGCGUACCAGUUAGAACACCCUGACUGGUUUGAGAGGGAGUGUGUGCACAGUGACGAAGAACUUGUGAGCGAGGCCAGUUUGCUCAUUGACAAGCAGCAGGGCCCUCCAAUUCUAGAGUGUCUUCCCCUCAUGAGGGACGGACCUUCAGUCUGUGUGUGUGAGGCACAAAUAAGAGAGAACGGAAGCAGCGUUCAAGUCUUAACCCCGGAACUGAACCCAAAGAGCAUGCUUCCACCAGUGGCAGAACUUAUACCAGAAGUGAACCCUGUUUAUCCAUUGAACCUGAGUUACGCGUGUCCUUCAAGCAGUCCUCAGUCAGUUCUUCUCGCUGAGCCUGUUUCCUCAGGACAGAAGUGGCGGACUUGCGCUGUGAGACAUCAAGGUCAAGUUCCAGUGGAGGAUGAGGAAGAGCAGCCCAGUGGCUUGCAAGACUCAAACCCCCCUUGUCCGAGCAUGGAGUGUUCCCCUCUGAACCCAAUCAGCCAGUCUGUGGAAAUGCGGGGGGAUAAAAUUGUGGAGCUCAACAGUGGGUCUGAUCAAGGCUACAUCUCCAAAGUGCCUUCGCCACUCGGAGCAGCUUACAAGGAGGAUCCACUGGUGGCUCUGGCAAGGCUGCAAGAGGAACUGUUUCUGCAAACUAUGGAUAGCUCUGACUCUGGGUCGCAGUAGUAUGCUGCAGCCUAUCCCAGCUGACUUUCGCCAAGAGGUGGGGUACACAGGACUUGUCGCCAGCCAAUCGCAGGGCACAUAUAGACAAACAACUAUUCUCACUCACAUUCACACCUAUGGACAAUUUAGAAUCUCCAAGUAACCUAACAUGCAUGUUUUUGAAGAAGCCAGAGUAACAAACAUACAUCUUCAAUGAUUUUUAAAAACAAUACUUGGAUUAAUGUCCUUUACCAAGUUCCACCUCUACCAGAUUUUCCUAUCCAUCAACAAGCUUGUAAUUAUUCUGGCUGGACCACUCUUCUUGGCAGAUUUGGUAGAGUUCUUUUAAAUUGGUUGGUUUCCUGGCACGGCUUAAAUAAGCGCAGUCCACAAAAGGGUGGAGGUUGGGGCUUUGGGAAGGCUUAAUUUGAAUUCCCAGAAGCUUAAUUUUAGCAUGCUUUAUCCAUUGUUGUAUAAUCACUCCACCCUGAAAAAAGAAUGGUUCAAAUAAAUAAUUAAGGGCCCAAAAUGAAUAGGACAUACAAGCCCAAACUUCUGACCGGAACUGUAUAAUUUAGCAAGUUUGGCAAACCCUGCUAUACAGUAAAACACUCACACAAUACUGAUACAUUUUGGACAAUUCCAGCUAUGUGGGAGGCUAAAACUGUGUAUAGCUGGUGACUAUUCUGCUUGCUAUGAAUGCAAAAUGAUUAGUUUCCAGUCCAGGCUGUUGCUAUUAAAACAUUGUGGACAUUGACACACACACAUACAAAGUCUUGUUGGUCUGGUAUCGAUUUAAAAAAAAGCUGUUUGUGGCACUGUUGGGUUAUGAAUGACAAUGAUACACAAGUCUACACUAAGUCGGUAUACCCAAACACAGACUUGCAGACAACACUGUCAUCAUAGAAGACACCAAACGUUGCAGGAUGGGGGUGGAGGGGGUUCUUGAAAUUGCACUUCCCAGCAAGACAUGGCUGUCUCUCUUCUGUCGCGUUCAAGUGCAACAGGACAAUUUGCUGACGGAACAGGUUGCUGAUUGUUAGCACCUGUGGAUUGGUCCAAAAGGGGAGGUCCUUAAGGCAGGUGCACAUGAUGCGCUCGUGAUACUGUAUGUCAAAACACUUUGAAAAAUCUCUCAUAAAAGAAAACCUUCAAAGGUACAGACAUACUUGCCAUUGAGGAUGUGUAUACUGUAAACGAUACAUAUUAAAAUUAGAAUGUUUUGAUUUCAUUCGUUCUCAUUAAAAACAGUUUGGUUAUUGGUGCGAUAGCUGGUUAUUAUAAUUCAAUCUAAAUGUCUGACAUAAUACAACUAAUAAUAAAGCACUGCUAAAGGUCCUGAAGGUCUUGUUUGGUAAUAAAGCACGAAGUGUAUCGCUAAAGGACAUGUAACAUUGUGUCAAAGUUUCAUCUUGAUAAAUUCAGAGUCAGAGUGUUUGUAUAAUAAAUUUGAUUUGAACAGUUAUUUCACGUGUAUCUAAUAAUCAUAACAAACCAUCUCCAACUGCUUUUUGUAAUUUGAUCGAUAUUGUUUCAUACAUGCGUUGAAUGUAUUUAAUACAUGUGCAAUUAUUUUUAAAUGUAGUUAUGCAUUUUAUUCAAUUAAGUGGAAAAAACGUUUUGCAAUGUACUACAAUAGUUUUUUUUUUUUUUUUUUUUUACAUGUUGUAAUUAUUUUUUAUACAUAACUGUUGUUAUAAAAACAAGUCAUUUCAGUGCCUUACAAAGACUACAUCCAAAGGUCAAUAAUUUGUUAGUUGGGUGAAUUAUGUCCGGAAGUGUGCCGGAUAUUUACCUGAAGUGUGCAGGAAGUAGUCGGCCUAUACCGUAAUUUUGUGUGUUGCAUUACAAAUUUUCUGUGAUUCCUUUGAUGUUUUAUGUUUUUUUUUACAUGCAUUUAAUGUAUUUGAUAAAUAUAUCAUGAUUUAUAAACGUAAUUAUAUGUAUUAUUUCAAAAAUAAAGUUUUUAAAAGUGGUGUAAUUAAUACACAAUAAUUACAGUAUUUUAUGCAUUGUAAUUAUUUAAAUUAACUGUAAUUAUGGGGGGGAAAAAAGACUUGAGUGCCUUAAUAAAGCCUACAUCCAUGUCAAUUUGUUAGGUGAGGAAAUGUAAUUACACAUACGUGAAAAUAAAUCAAAAAAAAAGUUGUAAAAUGCCAAUUUUGUAUUGUAAUUAUUUAUACAUAACUAUUUUUAAACUUUUAAAAUGAUUUAUAAAGCCUUAAUAGUUUCCUGCAUCCGCGUCAGCCCUGUAAUAGGUAAGUGGAAUAAAUUAACCGGAAGUGUACCGGAAAUUUACAAGACGUGUGCAG